GCAAAGGUCAGGGCGCCGCUAUCGCUCCGCCCCCUGCAUUAACGUUUUCGCGGCGGGGCCUGGUGAUUCGUGUUCUCACAAAUGGACAGAGGUCAUGGCCAAAUUUGAAAGCGAGUUUUGAUGAGAUUUACAUAGACGCUGGUGGUGGGCUAGACUGGAAUUGGCUUUCCACGCGAUGAAGGUGAAGAUCUUGUCUCGCAAUCCGGACGAUUACGUUCGAGAAACGAAGAAUGACAUUCAGAGAGUUCCAAGGAAUUAUGAUCCUGUACUGCAUCCUUUUGAGGUACCGAGGGAAUACACGAGAGCACUAAAUGCAACCAAACUGGAAAGGGUUUUUGCUAAACCUUUUGUAGCAUCGCUGGAUGGCCAUGGGGAUGGAGUGCAUUGUAUGGCCAAACAGUUUAAGAGUUUAUCCACAAUAAUCUCUGGGGCUUGCAAUGGUGAGAUAAAAGUUUGGAACUUAAUGAAUCGUCAAUGCAUCCGCACUGUACAAGCACAUACCGGUUUCGUCAGAGGGCUCUGUUCCAGAUUCUGUGGUACAUCCUUCUUUUCGGUUGGUGAUGAUAAGACAAUCAAACAAUGGAAAAUGGAGGGGCCUUCAUUUGAGGAGCAAGAAGAACCAAUACAUACAAUACUAGGCAAGACUGUUUACACUGGAAUUGAUCACCAUUGGAAGGAUAGUGUGUUUGCAACCUGUGGGCAGCAGGUGGACGUUUGGGAUGAGCAGAGGAGCAGCCCAAUUCGCUCAUUUACUUGGAGUGUGGACAGUAUCAACAGCAUUAAAUUCAACCCAAUAGAGACUUACCUUCUUGCAAGCUGUGCCUCAGAUAGAAAUAUUGCUCUGUAUGACAUAAGACAGGCAACCCCCUUGAAAAAGGUCAUUAUGGACCUACGAACCAAUGCUAUAUGUUGGAACCCCUUGGAAGCCUUUAUUUUUACAGGAGCGAAUGAGGAUUACAACUUAUAUACAUUUGACAUGCGCUAUCUUGAUAGUCCUGUAAUGGUGCAUAUGGAUCAUGUAUCGGCGGUACUUGAUGUUGAUUACUCUCCGACAGGAAAAGAAUUUGUCUCGGCCAGCUUUGAUAAAUCUAUACGUAUUUUCCCUACAGACAAAGGGCACAGCAGGGAGGUGUACCAUACAAAACGUAUGCAGCACGUCAUGUGUAUAAAGUGGUCUGCUGAUAACAAGUAUAUACUUUGUGGUUCUGAUGAAAUGAAUAUCCGUUUGUGGAAGGCUAAUGCUUCUGAAAAGCUUGGUGUGCUUGCACCAAGGGAAAAAGCAAGUUUGAACUACAAUCAAAAACUGAAAGAAAAAUUCCAACAUCAUCCUCACAUCAAACGUAUAGCCCGUCACCGCCAUUUGCCGAAAAUGAUUUACAAUCAGUCAAAGGAACUUCGUAUCAUGAGGGAAGCUCGCCGCAGAAAGGAACUGAAUCGCCGCAAGUACAAAAAGCCAGGUUCUGUGCCAUUGGUCUCCGAGAGGAAGAAGCAUAUUGUUGCUGUGGUAAAAUAGUUAUUCUGUGAGGGUGGAAGAAAGACCUCUUAAGCAUUGGAUAAGACGUCAGAAGUGAAUUUUGUUAGAAAUAGAUGGGAGGUACAAAUAAUGUUGCCUCAGUCCUUAAGAUACUUCUUUCAGAAACUGGGAUAAACAUUGGAAAUAUAUCUUCAUUAAGAAUUUUAUGUAUAAGCCUUUUCAGUGGACAUAUUUAAAUUAUCUCGAUAUAAAUUUUCUAGUAAUGUAUCAUGUGGAACUGAAACUAUGCCAACUAUCCAGUAACUAGGAUACACUUUACAUUAUUAAAGCCUUGGUGUUCAAUAACUUCGACAAAUUUAAUUCCUCCCUCUUUAAUGGUGGUAAUACGGUAUUAAAGUAUAGAGUGAAAGUAAUUUGAAGAUAAUUGAACUCUUUAAAAAUGAUAUGUUGUGUAAAUAAUCUUGGAAAAGCUUAGUUUCAGAGACUUAAUUGACAAAUAAAUGAUAAUGUUUAAGUA